AUGCCCGAUUCCUUGCCGACCACCGAAUCCGAUCUGCAUCUCAGUUCCCAGACUCCAGAUAUCAUUGACCAUCCUCCUCCCUCCCCACCUCGUCAUCCAACCUCCCCUCCCGACCAGGAGCUGGCGCCCAAUGCCAACGAUGAGCCUCCAUCAAAGAGGCAAAAAGUCGCAGGCCCGGACCAUAGACCUUUACCACGAACUAUCUCUCCCCCAUGGAAACGUGUUGUCGCUGAUGGCCCUACCACCUUCCUUGAGAAUGGCCGCCGGAAGUCUGGUAGAACCAACGCCAUCCCGCUCGCCCUUCUACCUCAGUCGAAUAAGAGGCAGACACGCGCCCAAUUCGACAAGACGAAGACAGAACACGAGAAAAUUCCCAAACCCAUCUACAAUGUAUCUGCCCGACCCUUCAAAGUCGAGCCAUCUGCACCCGCAGUUGCAAAACGGGCUGACAGGACAACUUCUGUCAGCGCGCAACAACAUCAAAUCCGCUCCAAAGAAAGUCCCACCACCUCAAGGUCGACUAGGCAGUCGGCCAUAAAACCAUCCUCAUCCGUUUCCACGCGGCGUUCUCUGAACACUCCCUCCAAUAAGGGUGUUAAAAGUCCCCCUCUCGUCAAUGGAUCCAAUCAUCACCAUCCCUUUACCAAUGCUGUUGUGAAGUCUGAGCACGAAGAGAAUGGCAUUACGAGUGACUCCGACUUGUCGAGCCUUAGGUCUUCGAGACCAUCCAGUCCGCCUUUGACCCUACAAAGAGUAACUUUCAGGGUUAGCCUCCCCUCGGCCACCGUCGCAACCCCGGCAAACAUUGCCGUGCCCAGGAAGUAUUCGUCUUUCAAAGAAUUCCUGGACCUCGAUGAGCUAGAACCUAGGGCUGGAGAGGAUACUCUGACCCCAGAACAAAUUACCAAGGAAGCUAUUACUCGCAACCGCGUCCUCGACGCUCUGCAUCCUGGUGGCUUACUAGACACCAACCUUUCUGAUUCCUUGCCUGAAAAACAAUUGGAGCCCCAAAGACAAUACGCACACCAUGAUCAUUUACUGGCCCAUGUUACCCAUUUCAGAACUCUACUUCGGCAGGAGCGCCGUGACCACAAGAGGAAGGCAGAAAUCAUCGCCUACGAAGCGAAGAGAUACGUGGAAGAAAAGAGCCGGCGGAAUAAAGUCAAAACCGCAGAAGAAAUCGAGCAGGAAAAGAGAGACGCCACGAUCGGCUUAUAUCGAAUUGUUGUCCGAGACCUCGAUAAACUCUGGGGUGCUGUGAAAAUCGAAGUGGAUGCAAUGCGGCUCAAAGAAUAUGAAGAGCAACAACAAGCCAAGAUGAAAGGUCAUUUGGCUCGCGUUUUGGAUAGGACGGAUCAAAUGCUAAGUCGUGCAAACGAAUUAGACGAUUCCAUCAUGAAUAGCGACCGAGAAACUGACGCAUCUUCCAACGACACCACCGACAACGACACUGAAAACAGCGAGCAAAUGUCAGAAAGUGCAUCAGAUUCAGAGGUCGACGAAGAUGGCAAUGAUUUGGAUGCUGAAAUGUCUAUCGAAGAACUCAAGCGCAAGUACGAAAAUCUACCUAGUGUCCCUACAGAAGAUGAUGAAGUCGAAACACCGGCCACCGAUGGGGAGACCGGUUUGAAUCUGGCGCCAAGCGAUGACGAUUCUGACCCCGAAAUGGAGAUGGAUAGCGAAUUCGAUUCCGAUAGUAGCGAGGCCGAAAGUGACGAGGACGAUGGGAGUGGAGACGGCUCUCGUGGAGGCUUACUAUCUCUGUUAUUCUCGAAAAAGGAGAUUGCAAAUAUGGAACCAGUUGCUCAUGAUAAUGAUAAUGAUGGAGGAGAGGAAGGACGAGGACGAGGACGAGAAGAAGAACAACAAGUCGAAGGUCCCGACAAAGAGGAUGAUAACCCAAAGUCCCCUUUAGUUCAAGUUCUGGAAGAAACAGAGACUCCAAAUACCGACACUCGAAUCGACUCAGAUGAUCCAACCAUUGUCCCCGAUGACCGUACCAUUGAUGGCCAUCUAUCUGAGCAGAAGGCCGCGGAAAUGAUGGCCGAUGAGCCAGUCGACACGUUUUUGCAAGUUGCAAGGGAUCCCGCAAGUCAAGAACCUAGUGCACAUACUUCACCUCAUACUACGGCUACCAAGGUAUCUGAGCCUGAAUCAGUCUCGUCAAUCGAUGCACGCGCCGAAUCUGCAGUGCCAGUAACCCCGUCAGAAGUGAAAUCUGUCGUCAGAACGCCAGUACCUAGCCUGCUCCGCGGUACACUGCGAGAAUAUCAACAUGAAGGACUAGACUGGCUUGCGGAUCUUUACGCAAAAGGCAGAAGCGGUAUUCUUGCUGAUGAAAUGGGGUUGGGCAAAACCAUUCAAAGCAUCUCCGUAUUGGCGCACCUUGCCGAAGUUCAUGAAGUAUGGGGCCCACAUCUCAUCGUUGUCCCCACAAGUGUGAUGCUCAAUUGGGAAAUGGAAUUCAAAAAGUUCUUACCUGGCUUUAAGAUCCUGACCUAUUAUGGCAAUCAGGAAGAGCGGAAACAGAAAAGAAGAGGCUGGAUGGCAGAUGACAGUUUCAAUGUGUGCAUCACCUCCUAUCAACUUGUCCUGCAGGACGCAAACUCAUUUAAACGACGACGAUGGCAUUAUAUGAUCCUGGAUGAAGCUCACAACAUCAAGAAUUUUAGGUCAGAGCGAUGGCAGACCAUGAUGACAUUCAACACAAGGGCUCGCCUCCUAUUAACGGGAACCCCUCUUCAGAACAAUCUGACCGAGCUCUGGUCCUUGCUUUUCUUUCUCCACUAUGGUCAAGACAAUGAAGGUGAAGACGAUGCAUUUGCAGGACUCAAGGAAUGGUCUGAAUGGUUCAGACGGCCAGUAGAAUCCAUUCUCGAACAUGGGCGGCAAGUUCUGGAUGAGGAAGAUAAAGAACAGGUGGCCAAGUUGCAUAAGGUCAUUCGACCUUUCCUACUCCGCCGACUCAAACGGGAUGUGGAAAAACAAAUGCCCCUGAAGUAUGAACACGUUGAGAUUUGUCGGCUUUCCAAGCGUCAACGACAAUUAUACGAUGGCUUCAUGUCCAGAGCUCAGACGAAGGAGACACUUUCGUCCGGCAAUUAUUUGUCUAUCAUCAACGCCUUGAUGCAGCUUCGCAAAGUCUGCAAUCAUCCAGAUUUGUUUGAAACACGUCCCAUUAAUACCUCAUUUGCAAUGCCCAGAUCGGUGGCAGCGGAGUUCGAGAUCCGUGAUCUCCUCGUACGGCGAAAACUGUCAUUAGACGCCAGGGAUAACCUCGACCUAGACUUCCUAAAGCUUGCACCGAUAUCAGACGAGAGUAUGUCGAAGAUUGAGUUCAUGGGAACGACCAAAAGACACGCCUACGACCAGUUUAAGAACCUCCGAGAUAUCCAGUUUAGAAGAGUACCUCGUGGCUGGGCCUGGCACGGUGAAAAUCGCGAUGGAGUACUUGGAUCCCUCGAAAAUGUCGGGAGAAAAGCUAGACUUCACGAAAUCGAACGGACCAUGUACUAUGAAGCCUAUCGUCACAACCAACAUCCAGUAUAUGGCCGAGGUUUAUUGGACAAGCUUGUGCUCAAAACCACGAGGUCUCGACUUACCCAUCUGGCCAACGAGAGAUCUGCAAGUGGAUGGAUCACCGACUCUCCAAUGGAGCCAAUGGAUCUCGUGCAUUCAAUCACUUCUCGGUCCGCACAGAUGGAGCCAUUUAUUCAAAAAUUUGCGUGCAUCACCCCUGCGGCGGUUGCGACCGGUCUAAACCUAACUACUGUGACGGAGGCAGGUGCACUGGCCCUCAGACAGCAGUCACAAUCGGCAGUGAGCAGCGAUCCAUUUCAUCAGGCUAGAAUGAAACUGUCCAUUGCCUUUCCAGACAAAAGGUUGUUGCAAUACGACUGUGGCAAACUUCAGCGACUUGACAAGCUUCUACGACGGCUGCAGGCGGGUGGACAUCGAGCUCUAAUUUUCACGCAGAUGACCAAGGUGCUAGACAUUCUUGAGCAGUUUCUCAACAUACACGGUCAUCGUUACCUUCGACUUGAUGGCGCCACUAAAAUUGAACAACGCCAGAUCCUGACGGAUCGAUUCAAUAACGACACUCGCAUCUUGGCUUUCAUUCUUUCUUCUCGAUCUGGUGGCCUAGGGAUCAAUUUGACAGGUGCAGACACGGUGAUUUUCUAUGACCUGGACUGGAACCCUGCCAUGGACAAGCAAUGUACCGAUCGAGCCCAUCGAAUUGGUCAGACAAGAGAUGUUCACAUCUAUCGUUUCGUAUCAGAACACACUAUUGAAUCCAAUAUUCUACGCAAGGCCAACCAAAAGCAGCUGUUGGAUGAUGUGGUAAUCCAGGAAGGUGAAUUCACGACUGGCUACAUGAACAAAGUCUCGUAUCGCGACAUGCUCGACGAUGAAGGCGAAGAUGACGCUGCAGGUGCCGCCAUGGAUAGAGUCCUGGGCAAUGAUAAAACCAGCGCAGUCGUGCUUGAGCAGGCGGAAGACCAAGAAGAUCGUGCGGCGGCCAAAGUGGCUGUGAGAGAAGUGCAACAUGCGGACGAUGGAGAUUUCGAGGACAAGGCCACAGCAACAGCGACGGCUACCCCGCGCACCAAUGAUGCACAAACACCAGGGCCGUUUGGUGCGACGGAAACGGCACUGGCGGAAGCUCAUGCGGGAGAGAAAGCAUCGAAUUCCCACCACAUAGACGAGUAUUUGGUCCGCCUACAGACGUUCCUGAUGCGAGACAUUCCGCUGGGCCCGGGUAAGGAUCAGCGCAAGAAAGGUCGGAGACGAGAUGAGCAUCGUGUGAGGAGGAAUAGGUGA